AAAACAAGAUCUUCGUGAGCUGAAGAUGUUACAGAAGCAGGAGAAUAAGCAAAUUACUGACCUACUGUACAAGAAUCAAAACAUUCUGGAAGCUAAGGAGAAGAAGUUUGAAGCUGAUCGUUUGGCAUUAAAGAAGACAUUUGAACAAGAUCUGGAUGCACUGAACAAGCAACACAAGAUGUUGAUAGAGAAAGCUGAACAGGCGCAACAAGCAGACAUGAAGAAUGCUGCCAGGAAACUAAAGGCAGAGCAAGAAAAAGAGUUGAAAUUAUUUCGAGAGAAGCAGAAGCAGGAAAUGAAACUUCUGAAACAGGAACUUGAUCUUUUGCCCCGGGACAACAAGAAGGAUAUAGCUCAGAAAAUUCGAGAAACCAAGCAGAUUGAAAUGGAAGAGAAGGAGCGAGUGUUCAUAGUGAAUCAGAUGGAAAAGAUGGAGAAACUGAUGAGGCAACUUGCAGACCAGCAUCGACAGAAGAUUGCCAUGUUGGAAAGCCAGUGUCUACAACAAAAACAGCAGUUGUUAAGAAGCCGUGAAACCAGUGUAUGGGAGAUGGAGAAAAGCCAGCUGCACGAGCGGCACCAGCUUCUGAAGACUCAACUGAAAGAUUUAUUUUUCGUCAAACGCCAUCAGAUGCUCACAAGGCAUCAGAAGGAAAUGGAAAACUUAAAGAGGUUCAAUCAAACAAAGGAAGAGGAGAUGUUGAAUAGACAUAGCAUGGAAAAACGCCGUCUGCCAAAGAUUCUUAAGAGCGAGGCCAAAACUAGGGCUCAGAUGUUUAAGCAGAGCUUAAGACUCAGUAAUAUUGGCACCCCAGAGGACGACAAAACAAAAAUUAAAAACUUUGAAGAGAGUGAGAAGACACGGAUGAAGACUGAACAGCUGAGACAAGAAGAGAAACACAGGAGGCAGCUGAAGGCAUUAAGAGAUAAAAAUGAAGCCACUGUCAAGGAAUUAGAACAGUUGCAGGCUGAAAAGCGCAAGAUGCUGAUGGAGCAGGAGACCCAGAAAAUCAAAGAGCUUGAUGACCAGUUUGCUAGUGAUAUGAACAAAUGGAAAGCCAUGCUGAUACCAAGGAAACAGGCCUUAGAGGACCAGUUUCAGCGAGAAAUUGAAGAGCAGCAGUCUUUCUAUGCCGAUGUGAUCCCAAAAGAAGGCGCCCUCCCAGCAUUCCCCAGCAUUCGUUCAAGUACUGUUCAAAGUAAAAGCAAAGGGAGCUUAAUAAACUCACGGCACUCAACAGUUAUUUGA